GCUGUUUACCACCGAGAACGGGCCUCCUGCGCGCAGGGCUGCUGGAUGGAGCCGCGGCCAGGCUGCAGAACCAGCAACUGCCUGGAGACCCUCCUGGACUGACGGCCUUCCUGGAGCCGCCAGUCGCCCGGAGCCCAUGGAGCAUCUUCGGCAGGCCUCCUGAAGAGCAAUGGCAGCUGCCUCACCCCUGACCAUCUCACCCUCUGAACGGAAGGUCCCCUUCGGCAUUGCAAAGUCUCCCCGCUGGCCGCCACUCCCCAGCGUUGCUAUGCAUGUCACCCGGCCAAAAUCCGCCAAGGGGCGCACCCGGUCCAGCCUGAGCUAUUCCCAGAGCCUGGGGGCCUACUCCUACCAAGUGCCAUCAUCCCCGCAGCCAGUCGCCACCCCCGGGGAGGAAGCGGUCAGCAGCCGGAGGGCAGCCUCCUCCCAGCUCAUCCAGGCGCUCCCGGCCGAAGUGCCGGACCUCCUCCAGCAAGUGCCCACCAGGACCUCGUCUUCCCUCAACAAGUACCGGGUGCUGCCGUCCAUCAGCAGGAGGGAACGGAGGAUGGGCACCGCCGAAGUGAUGUUCGAGCAGGCGGGUCAGCUCCCAGCCGGCGCCUCCGAGGAAGAAGAGGUGCCGAAGGGGCCCCCCUCUCUCCUGCUGGAACACAAGGGGGGAGGCGGGGAGUACCCCCAGCCCCCCUUCACUCCCUUGGAGAGGCCUCCGCCGGCUAAAGAGAGGGAAGGACGCUCUGCCCCCACGCUGGCCCUCAACCUGGAGGAGCCCCGCGAGGAGCCCCGGCUGCUGCUGGCCAUCCGCUCGCCCUCGGGGGAGAGGUUCGAACGCUACUUCCGGCCCACAGACAACCUGGGGACGGUGGUCGCCGUGGCCGAGCAGAAGAACACGGCCACCUACCGGCGCUGCAGGAUCGGGACGGUGGAAGUGCCCCGCAGGACCUUCUCGGACCUCAGCCGGUCUCUGCAGGACUGCGCCAUCCACCACAAAUCCGUGCUGUGCAUCCUGCUGGACGAGCAGCAGGGGGAGCUCUGA